GCCUCUUGGAGAUGUGAAAUCUUUGACUUCAUAGUUCUCUAGCGCACCUAUACGAUCUAGCGUCCACGGUACGGUCACGCAAAGUAAAAAAAAAACACCAAACGGAACGGAAAGUGAAACACUGAAGACGCGCAGUAGUGCAAGGUUUGCUUUGUAACUUUCGAUUUCGGUAGCUGUAAACGGAUAAUUGUGGUGGCACACGCAAAUAGUAAUCUCAGCAAGCAAUGGAUCUCCUCUUGUUGUUGUGAUUGGUGUUGCCAGCUUUCGUGUGUCAAUGUUUUCCAAACCGAACCACAAUCUUAUUUCCACGGAGUUGGUAGUUGUGCUGCGAAAAAGCCGGAAGAUACGGAUAGAAUCAAGGAUCAGUUUUCCGUUUGUUGCAAACAUUUUCACGGAUGGCUAAAGGAAAUCACAAUCAACUAGCGAGUUACGUAAUGUUCGCACUUUUCGUGGUCGGAAAGGUGCAAGGCGUGCCGAACAUAGUGCCAGGAACGGCGGGACCAGAGCAAGUCCCGGAACGGGUCAAUGGAACACCGAUUGAAACGGGCCUAGAGGACGUUGUUACCACCGGAGAAGGCAACUCCCCAGUAGAUACUACUACUGAAAGCACAAGAACGACGACACAUGAUCGCGUUCUGUUCACCGAUACACCUGUCAUGGACGCUAUUACCAUCGUCUGGUACCUGGCCACGUUCAUUGCUCUGAUAUCGUUUUUCCUGGUUAUGGCCUGUGCCGAUCGCAACCGCUGUGGGACUCGCAAACCCGCCACGGAAGAGUUACAGCCACCGCCAACACCGGCACCGUCCUACCGGUUGUUCGCACCGCCCAGCUACGAUACGCUCGAGUUCGAGAAGGAUAACGACAGCAUCUACAUUAUUCCGUACGAUACUCGCAGCGACAGUGACCAUCAUCAGCGGAAUGCCGCGGAGGGCCUGGCAACCAACCUGGAACACAUCUUCGAACCUCCAUCAUUACGGCGGCAACCGUCCAGUCAUUCCGUUCGUAUCAGUGAUAUUAGCGACGAGGGUGAUGAUGUACCAACGGCGAUUAUUGCAGUGAGGAGUGUUUCGGUUCGAAGUAGUGACGCCACCGACGAGCGAGACGUCACCGCACUCUGAAGGUCGAUUAGACGCGAAACCCAAUCGGCACCCGGCGGGUGAACUCGAACGUGUGUGAUUUCUCUGUGCGCUCCGGUGUGCGAUAAGUGGACAACGGUGUUUUAUUACCGGCUUGAAGUGUUGUGUGCAGCUUGCGAUUGUUCUUGUUCAAUUGGCUACUGUAAGGCUGACGCAAUAGUUUUCCGGUUUGUUAAAACAAUUUAAACACGGAAAAUGUUUCAGGUGAUAAGAAAUGUCGAGAAGGCAUUUACGUUUCCGUAAUAAUGUGGUACCUACACGCGUGAUGCUGCUUGUUACUGCUCAUGACAAUAUCGAGAGCCUUUAUAUGUAAAGUAUUAAGAUAGGGAAGAAUCAAUCGAUAGUUAUUAAUCAAAUGGCAUCAGUGAUAAGUUGCCAUCAACCGUAAGGUAGUUAGUGAACGUUCGCAGAAUCUGUGGACAUGUAAAUAUUGUUAAUACCAAGACUAGCCUUGGU